AAAGUUUGCUUCUCUCUCCUCCUCUUCUUCUCUUUCUCUCUCUCUCUCUAGAAGUUAGAAACCAUAAAUCACACGCACACACAAACCCAAAUUCCGAGAGCCAAGUCAGAGUGUUCAGAGCCAAAAAGCAAAGAAAUUCAGAAAGCCAAAAAGAGAAGGAUUUUCAGAAGAGCUCCUCUCCUUCUCUCUCUCUCUCUCUCUCUCUCUCUCUCUCUAUAAAAACCAACCAGAAAACUCUGCCAAAACCCGUCAGUCUGGAAUUCUGGAAAAACCAGCUCGAAAUCCCCGAAUACCAUUUCCGGGGUAUCGGGUCUGACACCCACUUCACCAACACAAAACCCCACUUCUCAAAUUCCCUCCCACUUCUCGAUACACACACACUCUGUUUCUCUCUCUCUCUCUCUCUCUCUCUGACUGUCUCUCUCUAAAAAGAGCAUAAAGAGCUCAGCUUUAAUUCUUUACUCACCAAACCUUUCAUUUUUCUUACUGUAAAUUGCAAAACCCAUCUGAGCGGUUGCAGAAAAAAGUUAGUAACUCGUGGAGUUUUGUCAGUGCAAGUAAAAAAAAUAUGGCGGGAAAUCCCCAAGAGGGACUUGGAGACGAUUUCUUUGAGCAGAUCUUAGCUGUGCCGCCGUCGUAUAGUGCCGGUGGUGGUGGUGAGUCAGCUGGUGGUGGGUACGGAGGAGAUGUGGGGUCCAUGCCCAUGGUGCUGCAGCUGGGUUCUGCUGGGUCUUCGGGUGGUGGUGCUGGGUACAGAGGAGGAGUUGGGAUGGGGCUGGGUAUGCCGUUGGGUUUGAACUUGGAGCAGGGUGGUUUUCUUGGGCGAGACAGCAGGUUCAGAGAUGAAGCCAACAAUACUAACAACACAAACAGUUCCAAUGUUUCUGCUUCAAUUAAUGAAAGAGAAUCUGUUCAUAUGUCAAGUUUGUUUCCAGCAUUUGGACACUUGCAAAAUCACUCAUCACUCCGUCCAACGCCACCACCUCCCCAACCUCCUCACCAGUUUCAUAGCCAACCACCACCAGGGCCAUCUAAUGCUGUCCAUCACCCUCCUUCCAUCCGCCCAAGGGUUCGAGCAAGGCGAGGCCAAGCAACAGAUCCCCACAGUAUUGCUGAGCGGUUACGCCGGGAAAGAAUUGCAGAGAGAAUGAAGGCUUUGCAGGAAUUGGUACCUAGUUGUAACAAGACAGAUAGGGCAGCUAUGCUUGAUGAAAUUGUGGAUUACGUGAAAUUUCUAAGGCUCCAAGUCAAGGUUUUGAGCAUGAGUCGACUCGGGGGAGCAGGCGCAGUGGCUCAGCUUGUUGCCGACGUACCCCUAUCAGCAGUCGAGGGGGAGGGCAUGGAAGGAGGAACCAAUCAACAAGCAUGUGAGAAGUGGUCGAACGAUGGCACAGAACAAGAAGUAGCUAAGCUGAUGGAAGAAGAUGUAGGAGCUGCCAUGCAGUUCCUCCAGUCCAAGGCCCUCUGCAUCAUGCCCAUAUCCCUCGCCCCAGCAAUUUUCCGGACACAUCAACCAGACGCACCAACAAUGGUGAAGCCGGAAUCAAACUCCUCCUCAUAAGCCUCCUCAACAAAGUAUCAACUAUCGCAUGCCCCCAUCCACACCUCCCAGCACGCUUGCGGGCCCCACGUCCUGCCUUAGUACCCUUGUCACUCAUGACAACGGGUAAAUUUAUAGGUCAAGUUCACUCAACUUUUUGAGUUUUGUCAAACAAGGGGCCGAUUGUCAUGCCAUUGGAAACCCUAGGGGAGGAUUUUUCAAAAGCAAAAUUGAUGUGUUCCCUCCUCCUCUUGUAACAUCAAUGGUGGGAUUAGUUGAGUGAGUGUGACCUAAAUACUUGGUGGUGGGAGCUCUUCAAUUUUCGUAUAUGGAUAAUGGGAGAUGGGGCCAAUCAAAAGGGGUGGAUGGGUUUGCAUGAUUGUAUUUUCUGAAAUAUUUCUUUUUUUAAUGCAAGUUGAAAUUUGGAUGA